UCCCCAUUUCUAUUUCCCACUCAAAUUCAAAUCCAAAUCGAAAUCCUAAUCUCUCAUUUUUCUUUCAAUUUCUCAAAUUUUCUCGCGAAAAUGUCAGGGCGUGGAAAGGGAGGUAAGGGACUCGGAAAGGGAGGUGCAAAGAGGCACAGGAAGGUUCUCCGCGAUAACAUCCAAGGUAUCACGAAACCAGCUAUUCGUAGAUUGGCGAGAAGAGGUGGUGUGAAAAGAAUCAGUGGCUUGAUUUAUGAAGAAACCAGAGGAGUUCUCAAGAUCUUCUUGGAGAAUGUGAUUCGUGAUGCUGUUACGUAUACUGAGCAUGCGAGGAGGAAGACUGUUACCGCUAUGGAUGUUGUUUAUGCCUUGAAGAGACAGGGAAGAACCUUGUACGGAUUCGGCGGUUGAUGAAGAAGUUUUCGUUUUUAAUUAUUAGGUUUAUCUAUGAAAUUGAAGCCUGUGAUUGUAAUUCUGGAUUCAAAUGUUAAUGAAAUCAAAUGGAACUACUACUUUUUUUUGGUAA